UACUUCACAUUGAACCAAUGGGAUACAAAUAUUGGCCAGAAAGCUGCAUGAUUGACAGAGCAUUGUCCAAUGAAAUUGGAAGAUGUCCAUAGUGGGGGCGUUGCAGGGACCGCGCGCGCUUCACUGCAUCGACACAAAGUACAACACAACAUAUUUAAUAUAAUCUACUACGGAACAUGUACUCAAUAUUUUUAACAAGAUUUGCGUUACUUUUGUGAUUGACCAAAAUACCAGUAAUUUCACUAAGUGUUUGCUGUAGGUGUUAUUGUUUUGUCUUUGCCAGAGGCUCAACCAAGCAGCGAUUGGUAAACGAGCGAAUCCUCGGCUACAACUAGAGGGUCGUUGUUCGCGGUAGCAACGAAAACCUAAAAGUUACCAUUUAACAUAUUUAAUUGAAGAUUUUUGUCUUUAUUCACCAAAGAAUGGCAUGUGCACAGCAAGAGAGGACUUCACAGGAUGCAGGGUUGCUUUGAUGCCAUCGAGAAGAAAUAUCUGCGGACUGUUAUAAUGUCUAUUUAUACAGACCCAAAGAACCCACAGAACGUGACUGAGUGUUACCAGUUUAGGAUCCAGUACACUACAGAUGGAGCACAUGUGGAUUUUGAAAGCAACAACAACCAGAAGUUGUCAACAAUGUCAUUUGGAAACACUAAGAAAGCCAGCAUCCUGCUGGUGAGGAAGCUCUACACUCUGAUGCAGAAUCUGGGGACACUGCCAGAAAAUAUCUGCCUCAACAUGAAGCUGGCAUACUAUGAUGAUAUCACUCCUCCUGACUACCAGCCGCCGGGCUUUAGGGAGGCUGACGGCGACAUAAUGGAGUUUGAGCAAGAACCAGUCAGACUGUCCAUGGGAGAGGUGGCCACCCCAUUUCACUGCGUUAAGUUUGACAUGAUCACAGAGAAACAGAGACUGGAGCGGGUAGAGGAAAGUGUUUCUGUGAAGCAAAAGUGGGUUCUGAAGAUUGAGGAUGAUGUCAUAACGCAGGGUACAGUUCCCAAACAGGUGGAGAAAUCUGACGACAACAACACAGGCCUGGAUAACACCGAGGUCCAGAUGAGCUGUGAUGAGAAGGAUGGAACCUGUGAGAAAGUCACAAAGAUGAAAACUUUGGUGAAGGAAAAAUCUGACAUGGACGUGAGCAUUAAAAGGACCAGGAGCGGACGGAUAAUCAAGUCAACAACGGAAGCAAACCUGACUGUGAACAGCAAGCUGGCAGAGACAGUGAAGGAAAAGAUGGUUUCUCAGUACGAGAUCCUCAGCAGUCAGGAGUCGUCAGCCUCUGUAGCCAAGAAGAAGCGCAAAGUCAGCGAGCCUAAAGAUCACUGUUGACCUCUCUGCUCUCAAAGCAGUGUCCCUUUGUUGUUCCAGGUUUUAGGUUUGUAAUACUUUUCAUUGUAAGCAAGUAAUGCAGUUUAUAGUUUUAAAAGAAAAAACAAUUUGAAGUCUGGACAAAUAGUUUAAAGCUUUGUUCAGUUCAGUUUAUUUGACUGACAUACAGGUUUAAAAUAUUUUUCAACAAUUUUAAUAUUCUUUGACAAAACUGUGCUGCAGUUUCUGUGUUUGUUAUCAUUCUUCAUUAAAGCUAGCACACGUAUUUCAUUAAAAUAUACACGUUUUUUUUCUGAAUGCGAUUUUGGCAACUUUUGACUGGAAGAAAGAAAGUGAAUCUUAUGUUUUAGUCUUCCCGUCAUAGUUGCUGACUUACAGCUAGAUAUUUUGAAAGAUUUGCCAACUUUAAAUAGACAUUAUUUAAACACAAAUUGCAGUGGUUCAUUUGUUAAAUGUAAUUGUGUUUUAGGACCCAUAUUUUUAAAAUGUGCUGAAAUAGAGAGAUGAAAUUCAGUUCUUGAGGCCAUACGAAACAGUUUUUUUUUUCUUUAUUUGGAAAAAUAAAUGUUUAUUUUAACUUUGUUUCUGUAAAAGUGGUGUAGAGGGAAAAAAAUGUUUCUCAAAUGUCACCAUUUGCAUGUGUGGUGUCUUAAAUAAAGCUGUUAAGUGAAAGUGGA